CCUGAUUCAGCAUAAAGAAUGAAAUUUGAGGGGUUAAAAUCAUUUAAUAAGGCAAAUAUUUUACUUAAGUCAGCCGAUGCUGCGUCGAGGCGGAGUUAUGCUAACGAACUGCUAUUAUGUUUCACCCUCGUGUCACUGUGUGAAGGUUUUGCACUCUCGACCGAGUUACGCCGGGGGUUGUUUCAGAAAAUCAUGUGUUGCUUUGGGGAAAUGCUGGCUUCGCUGGCAGUCGGAACACGCGCGGCGGCGGGAACUGUCGCGUCGGGCACGUGGCGCGAACUACGAACAAUAUUCCGAUACUGUUGCGCCGAUGUCAUACCCGCUUAGCGAGCUCGAUGCACAAUAACACGGCUGUGAUACAUUACAAAAUAAAAAGCAAAUAAAACGUGACGUUAUCUAAACCUAUCUCAGUCCUCUAGAUAGACACAGUGAUCGGAUAAAGUUUAUGUUCGUUUUCCAAGAGCGUUAAUGGAUAACAAUGUUUUUCUGAUAUUUGGAAUGACUAAAAUAACAGGUGGUGGGUGUCGUGGCGGCGGGUGGCGGGUGACGGCGCUGGCGCGGCUGCGGAGCGCGGUACCGAGAUGAGCGUGGCGAGCGCGCCGCCUCCGUCCGCCGCCGAGGCGCUGUCCGCGCUGCUGUGGCAGCCCUACGAGUGCCGCUCACCGCCCCUCGCGCGCUCGCGCACCGACACCGCGCUGCACCGCGCGGGGGGCCCCCACGACCAGUCGCCUACCGGCGGUCGACAUGCGCGCGCGUCAACCCGCGCCUACACCGAUAUGCGGCUGCCCGUGCCCGCGCCCGGCCUGCGCAAGUCGGACUCGGUCUCGGUGCGCGUCCCGGGCGAGCCGAGCCGACACAACGUGUCCAGUGUGAACGUGAACAUAGUGGAAGUGCAGGAUGCGCCGGUGAAUGUGAACAGUGCCGUGCAGACCGAGCGGGAGCGGAGUGUGGCGAGUGCCGAGUGCCAGACGGAGGAGCCGGCGCGGCGGCGGCGCGUGCGGCGUGCGCGGGCGCCGCGGCCGCCCGAGCUGCUGGAGAACGUGCCGCCGCCGCCCUACAGCACGCUGCCGCCGCCGCCGCUGCCGCACCCCGUGCCGGUGCACCCGCCCGCGCCGCUGCUGGGCCCGCACCCGCCCGUGCACCCGCCAGUGCACCCACCCGUGCACCCACCAGUGCACCCGCCUGCACAUCGAUUCCCCUUUCAGCCGAUUCCUCUAAGAUCAGGUAGAGGCGCGGCGUACGCGUGCUCUGAAGGCGAGGGCAACGCGCCGAAGUCGUGCUGCGGCCGGCCUCCGCUGCGGCUGUGCGUGCUGUUCCUCGGCGUGGUUGGCGCUUGCCUCGUCGCCGCGGGGGCCGUGUUGGGGGCCCUCAGGCCUCAUCCCCGAGCCCCGCUCACACUACUCCUACUUAUGAUAGGUAUAGGAGUAGUGCUAGUAACAGCAGCGGGGUUGGCGUGGAAGCUGGGUGCGCGCGACGCCCCAUGCGCGCUGCUGGGGCUGCGGCGCGCGUCGUGCCGGCGCCUCGUGCCGCGCCUGCCGCCGAGCUACGCGCGCCCGCACCAUCCCUACGCGGCCAUGCUCUACCCUGAGUUCCAUUAUAGGCCACCACCACCCACCUACCAAGCCUCAAUGCAAGAAUAUAGACUCAGGUUACUUCUGUUGGACAGAAGUGCGCCCGCCGUGUCGCCGCCCCCGACUUACAGAUCAAACUCAGCCAGUCUAGUCAGAGGAUCAACGGGCGCCGCGUGGUGUGGCUCGGAGUACAGCGGGCCGCCAUCAUACCGCGCGCCGCGAGCCGACCCGCCCGUCACCGUCACAGACAACCUGCCCACCAUCACGCCCAUAGACCUCAAAUACGUCGACAACACCAUCGAAGCUUUACCCAAACCUGAACAGGAGAAGGACCCAGACGAACACCUCGUCACCAUCGUCCACACAGACUCACAGCCCGUCAUCGUCACCGUAUCCGGCUCCACAGCCCUCAACGACACACACACACAACCAAAUUCAGAAAUCGACAUACUAGCACACUUAUAACGCUCCAAGCAUUAGCACAAUACACGAACUAAACGUUCUAGGAGAAAUACACUUGAUACAAACGCCAUCGGAACUAGCCUUGCAGACUCCCGAAGGCUUGUGAUAGUUGCAACGAUUGACGUGAUUGAACUAUGUACUAAUGUAAAGAAAGUAAGCAAAAAGUGAUUUAAUAUUAUACAUAGAAAGUGAAAAGUUAAUUAUUAUUAAAAAAAUAAUUUUCAAAAUGAACUUUAGCGGUUAUAUUCGAGAGCAGGCGUUUUGUUUUGAAUGACCGAAUAAUAAAGUGCAUUUGAAAUUACGUUCACGUCUAGCUACACUAGAUAGUGAAAAGUAGACGAUUUUAACCGUAAAAUAUUCACGAGAGGAAUAAAUUUAAUUGUGCUUCAUACAUAAAGUUUUAGCGCUCAUUCAAAACAAAACUGUGUUCAAUGUUUGUGUUUAACUCUGUUUUAAAAAU